AUGUUGGCACUUGAGAUUCAGUCCUUUAUGGUCAUGAUCUACACCUGGAUGGGGGAUGAUCCAACGGGCCAAAAUCGGUUUGACUGCCAGGAAAAAUUGGAGAGCUUGGCCGAAUGCAUCAGCAGGGUGAUCCGACACCUGGGCUUGAGCAAUUUGACCGAGCACCUGGGCGACUUGUGGGUGAAUACCCGAAGGGCAUUAUGCUCUUUCAAAGGAGUCAAACUGGAAGCGUCUGGUGACAUAUCCAUAUCGGCGAUUGGGGCCAUUCCUCAUCGAACAAGGGGCUUCAGGGCCCUAAGGGAGCUGGACCAUUGCAUUCUCCAAAUUGAGCUGGAAGAAGCCUAUGAGACCGUGCAAGAGUUGAUUCUUGCUUGUGAUCCAGGGACUCAGUUGGAGACAUCCAUGCAGAUCAGCGGCGAGGAAAAAGUGGAGGCAGCUCGGCUGACCAGCGAAGUUGAAGAUGUUGGCAUCAGAGCAUUUGCAGUAUCCACAACUCCGCAGCAGAUCACAGAUGCAGUGUUAGAAGCCUGGCUGCUCAAGGUCACCACCCGAGACCUAAGCCCAUAUCAGACAUCCUGUGUGAGACGCUUAGUCGUGGAGAGUCAUGCAUUAGCAUUGAAUGACCUGCAGCGCAAGGUGGAUCAACCAUCGGACCCUCAGUUAGCAGCAAGAAAGCUUCCAGUUGCAGAGCGUCAAAGUCGCCAGACAGAGCAGGAGCAGCGACUGCAGGGCUUGAUCUUCAGCCCAGAAAUCAUCCCGAGCCAUGCCUUAGUGGAUACAUGUGUCAACAUGGUGGAGCAAGGAGUUCUUUCUUGGAUCAAACCCGAGGAUUGCACUUCCAGAGCACAGGAAAUCCAGUCACUCAAGAGGGACCCCAAAGUUUCUUUAGAUGCAGCCGGAAACUUGAAGAUUAGUUCCAAGACCAUGAACAGCACAUGCACCAUUAGCUCAGAGUUGGAUCUGCGUAAUGCCUUCCAACGCCGAUCCCUUGCCAUGGAUCAAGCGAAGUUGUGCUCAUUUACAGAGAUUGAACGUUGGAUUCAACAUUUGUUCCUGUCACACGAACGGGCUCAGCCAUCGGGAUUUGCAUCCGUGACCUUGCAACAGAUCAUCGAGUGUGACAAGCAAAUGUUCAUCCGUGCAUCCAAUGCCUUAAUAGGAUCCUUGCAAGCCGAGCCGGGGGUCGCAGUGACCCCCUUGGACAAAGAGCUCGCUACACUCCGCACUUCCCCAGAGCUCAUGCCAUACCUCAUGCCCAUGCCAAUGAAAUCGGUGCCCAAAACAGGCCCGUUGCCAGGGAUAAAAUUCUCCAGGGAGCACCACAGCCUCCGUCUCUGCGAUCAGCCGAUUACCCACUAG